CUAUAAUAUGGUGGCCCCCAUCUUACAAAUAAAUAUAUAUACUCGGAAAAGAUCCCAAUUUCAGUGAAAAAUUAAUGAUUAGUUCUGCAUGUUGAAUGCGAUAAAGCUUUACGACUCAUUAACAAAAUGUCUUUUGUUAUCGACACUGCUAUUAUUUUGUUUUCCCAGGUCAUGUUUUUUGUUGGUGGAUGGGUAUUUUUUGUGAAGCAACUGUUUAAAGAUUAUGAGAUCCACAACAUGAUAGUUCAGCUACUGUUCUCAGUGACAUUCUCCUUGUCCUGCAGUAUGUUUGAACUAAUCAUUUUCGAAAUUGUUGGCAUUAUGGAUUCCAGUUCUCGCUACUUCCACUGGAAGCUGGGACUAUACAUGAUGUUGGUCACUGUAAUUGUCCUGCUGCCUUUCUACAUUGCAUUCUACAUUUUCAGCAAUAUCAGACUUGUGAAGCCCAAGAUGGUAUACUUGCUGACGUUUGCUUCGUGGCUGAUAUUCAUGUACUUUUUCUGGAAAAUAGGAGAGCCAUUUCCAAUUCUGAGCCCGAAACAUGGUAUAUUUUCAAUAGAGCAAGGGAUUAGCCGGGUUGGUGUGGUGGGAGUCACUAUCAUGGCGGUGCUGUCAGGAUUUGGUGCAGUAAACUGCCCCUACACCUACAUGUCCUACUUUGUUAGGCACGUAACAGACAAAGACAUAGAGUGUAUAGAAAGGAAGCUUAUGCAAACAAUGGACAUGAUUCUCAACAAGAAAAAACGAAUGGCAUUAGUAGCUAGAGAUAUGCUUCAGUCUGGAGUAGGAGGACAGACAUCUGGUGGGAUCUGGGGCAUGCUGAAAAGUGCUGCCACCUUGCGACUACCAGGGGAGAGAGACACAACAUUAGUUCAGCAAGAAAUUCUAGCAUAUGAAGAGGUCAGUCGGCAACUGUUCCUUGAGACUGCAGACUUGCAUAACAUGAAGGAAAGAAUAGAAUACUCAAAGACCUUAAAAGGACGUUACUUCAACUUGCUAGGCUACUUCUUCUCUGUAUAUUGCUCAUAUAAAAUAUUUAUGGCGACUAUUAAUAUAAUAUUCGAUAGAGUUGGAAAAAAAGAUCCAAUUACAAGAGGCUUUGAGAUAGCUGUAGACUACCUAGGUAUACAGUUUGAUGUAAAGUUUUGGUCACAGCAUAUAUCCUUCAUACUGGUUGGCAUCAUCGUGGUGACGUCAAUCCGUGGCUUGCUCAUCACAUUGACAAAGUUUUUCUAUGCAAUAUCCAGCAGUAAGUCAUCCAAUGUAAUUGUACUGGCACUUGCUCAGAUUAUGGUCGAUCAUCACCGAGGUCGUCGGAGACCUGCAGUUCAACUUCUACCAUCGCUGGUUCGACGUCAUCUUCCUCGUCAGCGCUCUGUCUAGCAUCGGCUUCCUGUAUCUCGCCCACAAACAAGCUCCAGAGAAGGGCUUGUAGUCCGCGGUCACCGCUGUCCAUGUAGUCGUGUGUCAAAUUGCCUUCAGUGCAGCGGUUUUCACUCACAUUGCGUGGCAGUUGUGUAGCAACAUAGAUAUAGAAUACAGACAUUAUGUAACUACAUAGACAGAUAGCUACAGUAUUCUAUAUCUACGGUAGCAAUGAUGGUGUGGCUUUGACUCGCAUAUUGGCGGUUGCAGGUUGCAGGCUGCGUUUUCGUGUACCGUAGAGGAAUGACACUGUAGCUGCGAGAGAAAGAUGGAAUCUCCACUAAACUAUACAGAUAGCAGGUCGUCUGUUCUAUUAUUCAGUCCCGUACCCAAGGAGGGGUUCCAGGAGUUCCGGAACCCCCCCACCCCCGCCCAUUUUAUAGUUGGGCUAGGUAUUUUAUAUCCAGAGGAAAACUGUUAAAAUGCACCAGAAUGCACCAUUUUAAUGCAAAUUUUCUAAAUUUUCCGGGGGGUCAUAUCCCCGGACCUCCCUAACAUCGCUUCGCGCCUUCGGCGCUCGCAGUCACCCGCACACCUCUGAUUUGGACCCCCCUCGUAGGCCAAUCCUGGGUACAGGCCUGUCAUUUGUUUCAGUUCUAUCAGCUCACAGUAGGCCUUCAGUGCGUAUAUUAUUCGUUAGUAAGUACCGGUAAUAACGGUGUGAGGUCUUUCGAUACUAUUCUUUAAAAUACUAUAUGACAUUUUAAGCUUUUGUGGAAAUCCGGGAAUAAAAUGAGGCUAUUCAGCGAUUAUACGGUAGAAAAUAAAUGUCGUAUGUUCUGAUAUUGUAUACGAUUUAUAAUGCAUGCUAACUUUUACACGCAUGUGUUGUGUUUUAGUUAAACAAGAGCCGAUAGCAGACAUCUCGGACCAUGUUGUAUAUGAUAUCACAUAGCAGUCUAGCGGUGGUAUGGUGAGUGCUGCACCGCUAUAUAAUUACGCUUUAAACUAGUCAUUGUCGCCUAUAAUCUGUUUGACUAAAACUAUGUGUAGGUACGAGGCGUGAUACAACCAGAAUAUGAGAAUACCGUAGAAAGGGAAGUGGCGUUGGAGAACAUGCUGCUUGUUAUGAUAGUGAACGAGGGUAGCCAGUAUACCGCUCACAAACAACGGCAAGAGUAGUAACGCAAAACUAAUCUCGCCAACUGAUUCAAGAGCACAGCUUCUGUUAUAUGGGGAAACGAACAACUAGCUUUGUGAAGGCUCGUACCUAUAUGCUUAACGUGCGUGUCCUUACUCUUAAAUGUUAUACCUCAUUUGGAUGCGCUGUAUAAAGUGUUCCGUGUAACAUACAAAUUUGUCCGACCGUAUAAUAAAGAGUACAGUAAACAUUACUGGUGGCUUUUCUGCGAGUAAAGUGAAGCAAUAGCCUUACAUUCGGUGCAACGAUAACGAGUACAACGGUAUACUAGAGUACGUAUGAAUAAACAACACUUGUGAAACCUUGUAAUGUUUACAGAGAUGAUACCAACAAUAUAUUAUAUUAAGCAUACCACACGUGACAAUUAGAAUGAACGCAAUUGCGUGUGAGCCUGCAUGUGCAACUCGUUUUCACAUUAAAUGUCUAUAUGCGUCUUAUCCGUUACUUCUUUGAUCUUACUCGCAUCUCUUUGUCUGACUAUUGUACGGAUUAUUCUAUAUAGAUCUAGUAUGAUAAUUGUUACCGUAUUUAAGAGAUUUAAAAGCGGUACGAUCGAAUAUUGAUAUUUGAACCGCAUUCGCGUGAUCAAGCAGUGAGUAAGCACAUAAACAUAUUGGUUGAGGUAGUUUUCGUCCAGCGUUCGUGACCUUAGUCUCCACUACUAUGGCACGAUAGUAAUUAUGAGGGGCCCCCCGCCCCCGGUAAACCCCAUCGUUGCAUCAUCCUACGCGAACGCCGGUGCGUGCCCGCGCAUGGAUUGAAUGCAUCACUAAAUACAGACUGAUUCGUGUACGCUGUUGUUACGAUAUAAUACAUGUAUUUAUUUUGACAAUAAAAUGGAUUUCCGCAACA